AUGGCCGCUCCGGAAGGGACGCGCAUCUCGCCUCUGUGGGUUCUGGAAGAAGCCCUGGGCGGGGGCGUGCCGGCAGCCGGGGACGCCGCGGACGCGGUGGCCGCCGAGGGCACCUACUACCUGGAGCAGGUCACCAUAACUGAAGCAUCUGAAGAUGAUUAUGAAUAUGAAGAGAUACCAGAUGACAAUUUUAGCAUCCCAGAAGGUGAAGAGGACCUGGCAAAAGCAAUUCAGAUGGUUCAAGAACAGGUUACAGAUACUCAAAUUUUGGAGCAGAAAACAGUUCUUCCUCCAAAGCACGCAGUACCUGAAGUAAUAGAAGACUUUCUCUGCAAUUUCCUGAUCAAAAUGGGAAUGACCAGAACUUUUGAUUGCUUCCAAUCUGAAUGGUAUGAAUUAAUACAGAAGGGAGUAACUGAACUUAGAGAUGUUGGUUCUGUUCCAGAUGUCUAUACCCAGAAUAUGCUUUUAGAAAAUGAAAACAAAAAUUUGAAGAAAGACUUGAAGCAGUACAAACAGGCAGCUGACAAGGCUAGAGAAGAUCUGCUGAAAACUCAGAAAGAACGUGACUUUCAUCGAAUGCAUCACAAGCGAGUAGUCCAAGAAAAAAACAAGUUAAUUAAUGACCUUAAAGGGUUGAAGUUACAUUAUGCAUCUUAUGAACCAACUAUAAGGGUGUUACUUGAGAAGCACCAUACUUUACUGAAGCAGAAAACGCUUGCUUCCAUGGAAAGGGACAGAGCUGUCGAGCAGAUUUCUGGACUUCGAGCAACAUUAAAGAAUGUGGAGCCACGGCAUAGUAACCAAGGACCUAAAAUUAAAGUUGUUUCUGGCUGUGAAAAGGAAGAGGCACCAGAAGGUCCUACUCAGAGACGUCUUCGUGAAGCCAGGGAAAAAAACAAAUGUAAAACAGGGAUGAAAGAUAAUACAAAGGAUUCAGAAUUUCCUGCAGAUAUGCAACCAAAUCCAAACCUGUAUUUACAUAAAAAAAACGAUUCUCCAGCAAAAUUUGACUACAAGCUGAGUACCAUAUUUAGACUUCAUGAACUUCCAGUGAGCUGCAUUGUCAUGCACCCCAGCAAAGACAUCCUAGUCUCCUGCGGUGAGGACCACCUCUGGAAGGCAGUGGAGCUCCCCAAAGGCAACGUGCUCCUCACAGGAACCGGCCACACGGACUGGCUUUCCAACUGCUGCUUCCAUCCCAGAGGCAACAUGUUGGCUACAUCAAGUGGUGACACUACAGUUAAAUUAUGGGACCUGUGUAAAGGCGACUGCAUCUUGACCUUUGAAGGACACAGACAUGCAGUGUGGUCCUGCACAUGGCAUUCCUGUGGUGAUUUUGUGGCAUCUUCUUCUUUGGAUACAACCAGCAAAGUCUGGGAUAUCAACAGUGAAAGAUGCCGAUGCACUUUGUAUGGACAUACAGAUUCCGUGAACAGCAUCGAGUUCUUUCUUUGCUCCAACACCCUUCUCACAGCUUCUGCAGAUAAGUCCCUGUCUAUAUGGGAUGCAAGGACGGGAAAAUGUGAGCAGUCGCUUUAUGGUCACAUGCAUUCUAUCAAUGAUGCCACCUUUACUCCUAGGGGCCACAUAAUAGCAUCCUGCGAUUCCUGUGGAGUCACAAAACUGUGGGACUUUCGGAAACUCUUACCGAUUGUGUCCAUUGAUGUAGGUCCAAGUCCUGGCAAUGAAGUGAACUUUGAUUCAACAGGUAGGAUUUUGUUUAAUACCUGUGACCAGUCUGACAACUUUAAUAAUUGUUCUGAAACAAUUUUCUGUUUCCAUUUUAGUUCUCUGGUGCUUUCUCCUAUGUAAAUCUCUGUUCUUACUAUUAUAUUAGAAUAUAUUACAUUAUAUUUCAUUAUAUUUUAUAUCAUGUGUCAUAUUAUGAAAGCAUUAUAUUU